GCCUAUGAGCGGCUUUGGUAACAUGCGGAGUGUGCCAUGCAGAGUCGAGCGUGCUGGCUCAAGUCCUCUGCUCGUCCAGCAUCUCCUCCUGCUUUGCUGGCAGCAUCGCUUCUCUUCCGCCAACAUCCACGCUCUCUCGCGCAGGAACAUGUCCUUCUGAACGGCCGGCUAUCCACCCCUCGGAAAUAGGACGAUCAUUGCGUCGGCAACGGGCAACGGCAGUAUAAUGAACACGUACAUGGCUCUUCCCUCUCCGGCUGACGACAAUUUCUCUGCGACGCGCCACAGUCACAUCCUCUCGCCACCAGCAAGUCCGUCUACAACUGUGGACGCCUCGCCCACUUUGUUGUGGGACACGCAGGACUUACGCGCCCCAUCUACCACAUCGCCGUGUCUCGUACGUGACCGUUAUUCUCCGCCACGCCGUGUCGUCUCGCAACCAGCGAAGGUACCGUCAGACGCCGGACAACACGCCUCAUUCCACCCAUUCCCUUCUCCUCCGCUGACGGACGCUUCGCUGCGCUCGACUAUCCCGCUUCCGGAUACCCACUACGGCCUACCGACAGACUACUUCUCGAGUGACGCUGGUAAUCGGCCUAUGCAGUGUAGCAUGUCGCGCGAUCCGUUUGACUUUCGUGCGCCAUUAUCACCGCCGCCAACUCAUCUUCUAGGCACCUCAGAGCUCCCCCCUGUUGAUACAGAUACUGCUCGAGCUCGCGAUUGCUAUGACUCGGGUUCCCCGUCUCUGGAAGCCACGGAUGCUGGCCCAUCGACGCGCGCCACAGUACCAUGGGCCUUCGCGGAGAAAGACAAUGAUUGUCCUUUGCCCUACAGUCGAUCCUCGAUUCCUCGCCCCCAUGUAUCUCCCUCACGAGGAUGGAGCUUCGAAGGCACGCUGUCCGACCUGAGUGCGGUCCCAACCCAUCCGGCCAUGGACUCACAUAUCUUGCCGUCGCGUGGCGAUUCUGGCUUCGAAGAAUGUCUCCCGCGUCACCGAUCUAGCCUGGGUAGUCUCCCGAGCCUGCCGGAAGAGUCUGACGGAGGUUUCACGAAGAUCGAGCCGACCGCUUUCUGGGCGCCACACUCCCCCCUCAGCAUGCACAUGGAGCUGGACGACCAUGCUCCCCAUAAUCCGGCUCUGCUAGGUGCGGAAUAUCAUCACAGUUCUGCUCUGGGACUACCGCCCAUGCGCUCUUUCCGGAGUCAGAGCACACCCAGUUGGAGCAGUCGUGACUGGUCUUCCAGCAGUGACCGUGACGACGACUUUUCUCCUCCCUCGUCACCGAGACCGCGGUCCCUCUCACUGGAUCUACCAGAUUUAGAUAGUUUCUCUUCGUCUCAACAUUAUGUGCCGGAAGCCUUGGACUCGCACAAAGUGCGUCCGGCCCUACUCGGCCUUGAUGGACUUGUAUCUCAAGAGCAGGCGUCUUGGCUUCUGCCAGGCGACAAUGAUCACGAAGACACGAGUUACCGCGAAACGGAUCUGAUGAACAUCGACGGUGAUCCUCCACCGCCAAACUCUCCACGACCACCGUUGGCUUUACUUCUGCCAUCGAGCGACGACUCCGAUAGCUCGUUUUCCGACACUGUAAUAUCUCCCGAAGAAGGCCCGUGGUCCACAUCGCUAUCCCCCACUGCAUAUUCGGAUCUUCGGAAUUCUCACAACGACCCCUUGUGCAUUACUCCCAUUCCUCGUCCGCCUCACCAACUACCUGACAACCUCCCCGACACUCAUGGAGGCGUAUCAGCGGCUUCGCCACCGUCCCCAUCAUCGCCAACUCUCCCGCUCAGCAGCCUACCGGUCCACAUCCCUCAACAGUCCUCAGAAGGGUCCAUCUCCGAGACCGUCGCGCCAUCUCUGCUCUCUCCGCCUCCCCAAGACCCCGAGGGGCUAGGACUCUUCCUCCAGCCGAUAUCCAUCGACCCACCCCUAGCCCGCUCCCCGUCGCCGGACGACGACGACCUCCAAUUCCUCGAUGUUCAGCUGGACACUGCGCAAACCACGCUUGAGGUUGACGAGUUCCUCCAGCUUCGUGCCGUGCGCCGUCGUGCUCUGGCCGCCGAGCGCGCCGCCCGGAGCGCAGAAGCCGAGCUGGCUGAGCGUGUGAGCGCCGCAGCCAAGGCACUUCUGCCGCCCUCGCACAGCGCGAUCGAUGUCGACAUGGACAUGUCGGACGACAUCUUCGACGACGACGCCAAGCGCCUGCGCAAGCACGACCUGCACGUCGCGAUGGACAUGCGUGCGGAGGCGCGGCGCGCGCGCAAGCGCGAGAAGCAGCGGAGCAAGGAAGUAGGCGCGCUGCUCGACCUGAAGAUGGAGCGCGGCGUUGCGCCCGGCAAGGGUGCGAUGCGCUCCAUCGCACAGCUUGUUGCGAACAUGGUGCUGCGCCGCCGAGACACGUUCCGACCGCUGGCGAAUCGGAAGACAAGCGCGGUCCGCGCGCCGCUCGUGCCCACUCGGCUGUCGUGCUGCGUCUCGGCGGAGGACCUCCUCGAGCCGGAGCAUGCAGAACUGGACGCUGACGCGGAUGUGGACUCGGACGCGAUGGACCUUGAGUCUGACGAGUCGGAUAUGGAACAAGACUAA